AUGGAGUUUCAUGUGUAAAUAAUCUAAAAUAGUUGUAUGACUUCUCGUGUAACACAAAAAAAGAAUUGGUAUUCAAAUAUAAUUAAUAAAAUUAUAGUUAAUUCAUCAGACAUCAUCAUCAAUCAUCAGAUUUCUCUAAUUCAAAAAAUAUAUUCCCUUAAAUGUAAAUACCUUGUAAUGAUACUAUUAACAAUCAAAAUCAAUUUGUGAAACCGAAAAUAAAUAUAUAGUAUGAAAACUAAUUGGAAAAAAAUAGAGAAAAAAUUCAAGAAAUUAAACUAUUGAUCUUGAAUUCAAGAAAUUAGAACCCUUUACAAAUAUAGAAGAGCUAAGUGAAAUAGUAAAAUAUAAAAGAAUAGAAAAUGAUGAUCGAACUACCUAAACCUAUUCGCAAUAUUUCCAAUUUUUCUCAUGAUAGUAGACAAUCAACUACUACAAAUUAAACUACUCCAUUAAGGAGUUCUAGUAAUGAUAAAUAAUUUAGUUAUAUGUAGAUGUCGAAAAAUCAUAACUCUCCAUUAAAUAAAUUUAAAAAGAUAAAAUAUUUAGGGAGAGGCAAUAUUAGUGAUGUUUAUUCAGUUAUGUAUUAUUUUAAUGGUUAUUUAAUUUAGUGAUACAACAACUGGAAUGAUAGCAGCAUUAAAAACUAUAUAAAAAUCAUUGAUAACUAGCAAAGGCAUUUAAGAAUUGAUAAAAACGGAAAUAAUUAUAUAAAGUUUUAUUAGCCAUUAAAACAUAUUAAAGUGUUAUGGAGUAAUAAAUGAUGAAAAAUAAGUAUAAUAAUUUAUUAUAAAAGAUUGCUUUAGUUUUAGAAUUAGGAGAUAUAACAUUAUUUAAUUAUAAAAAGGAAAAAAAGUUACAUGAAAAAUAAAUAAUUGAUAUAAUAUAUCAAGUUUUAAAAGGAGUCAAUUUUUUACAUUAGAAUGGGAUUAUUCAUAGAGAUAUUAAACCUGAAAAUAUUUUAUUGCAAAAUGGAAUAGUAAAGUUAGCAGACUUAGGAAUUUGUGUAAAGACAACAGAAACAAAUUAAUAUUGUGGAACUCCAGGUUACAUGGCUCCAGAAAUAAUUGAAAAAUAGAAAUAUGAUAAUAAAGUAGAUUGUUAUAGUAUUGGAGUACUUUUGAAUGAGUUAGUAUUUGGAAAACUACCAAAGAUUGGAUAAAGAAUUAAUGGUGAUACACAACUUAUUAAUUUAAUGAAUCAUCUUUUAGAAGUGAAUCCUAAGAACCGUUUUAGUUGUAAACAAGCAUUAGAAUAAGAUAUAUUCAAACUUUGUGAAAGAAAGGCAAUAAAAUAAUCAUAAAUGAUAAAGAAUACGAUUUUAUGGGAUUGUUGA